AUGGUGAAUGUUUAUAAAGAUAAAUUUAUACAUCAGACAAAGGUUAUGGAUGCAGUGCAUCCUAGAAUGCAAAAUGAUGCAACUAUAUCUCCAGAAAUAGAUCGAUUAAAAAUAGUGUAUGAUUUAUUUACACUUAAGCCUGCUUAUCAAAAUAAAAAUUCACUAUAUAAAGUUAACAUGAUUUUCCUACAUGGAAGUGGCAUGAAUAGACAUAUUUGGGAAUAUUAUUUACCGAAUUUACUUGUUGAUAAAAAUGACCAUAUAACCCUCAAUAAAGUUAUCAAUAUGGAUCAAGUUACUCAUGGUGAUUCGGCUGUAAUAAAUGAUGGAAAAUUAGGUGUUGGGUAUGUUUGGACUGACGGUGCAAGAGAUGCUUGCAAAAUAGCAGAACACGAGUUUCUAGAGACAAAUAUUAAUGAAAAGGCUAUAUAUGUUAACAUUGUUGUUGGUCAUUCAAUGGGUGGCCAUCAAGCGUUAUUUUGUGGAAUACUUAAUCCAUAUUUAUUUGAUUUAAUUUUCUGUAUCGAACCUGUAGUGCUACAACCUACCAUUUCAAAUGAUAAAGGUUAUACGAAAGUCAACCCCAGUUUUUUUAGAGCAUUAAAUAGCAGGAUCAAGGAUACUUUUGAAAAUGAGCAGGAAUACGAGCAGUUUAUUAGAACGAAAAGUUUCUUUAAUAACACCAAACCUGAAAUUUUAGAUAUGUUUAUUGAAACAGAAAAAAUGCUGCUUCCAGAUGGAACAGUGAAGAAAAAAAUGAGGAGAGAACAAGAAAUGUUGUGUUAUUUAACUUUACAUCCCGGUGCAACAUGGCUAAUUGAGAACUUACACAACAUAAAAGUUCCUGUCAUUGCAAUUAAUGGUGAGAUUGCUAAAUGGGCACCAAAGGAGAAUUUUGAAAUAUUAAAACAAAAAAUUCCAAAUUUUGAAGAAAUUAUAGUGGAAAAAGGAGAUCAUUUAUUAAAUAUUGAACUACCAGAUACUGUAAUUAAACAUUUAAAUGAAAUGACUAAAAAACAUAUAUUGACCAAGACCCAUCAAGAAAAUAGAGUCCUCAAAAAUUUGUCCAAAGAAGAGAGAAACAAAAUUUUUGAAAAAAACUUCCAAACUUUAUUAAAUGAAAGAGUUGGCAAAGGUAAAGUCACAUUAGCAAAAUUUUAA